CUGUAGUUUCGGGUGGGGAUGUUUCGGGUUGUACACGGGACUGAGAUCCGGGGAGCGGCCCGGAGGCUGCUGCAUCUCUCCCGGGUCAGGCUGUCAGGAGACUCGGUGACUGGGGGUGGAGACAGGAAGGCUAAUCUGGACCCGACCCUCCUCUCGUACUUGGUGUGUCCCCUGUCCAGAAAACAGCUCAGGUACGACGAAUCCUCCAAUCAGCUGAUCAAUGAUGAGUUGGGAAUAGCCUAUCCUGUUGUUGAUGGAAUUCCCAACAUGAUCCCUCAGGAUGCAAAGUUAAUUCGGAAGAAUGAAGACAGACCCGAGGAAGAACUUUCACAGCAGUAA